GCUUGCGGAAGUGCUGAGGAGUUAAAGCGAGCCACAACCUAACCGUACAGCAUACUGUGCCCGAAACGUCGCCGGAAUGGCUUGCCUUUCACCGGCGUCAUUUAUUCUGUUACUGUGCGCCUCUCACUUCAGCUCCUGCAACACUGACAUUUACGGAGCAGAAAGGGGGCGUCCGGAGCUGAAACUCUUCCAUCAUUCCUGUGCCCUGAAGAAGGAUGAAGGUCACUGCAAGGCCCUAUUAGACCGCUUCUACUUUGACAUAGAAACCAAGCAAUGUGAACAUUUUGGAUAUGGUGGUUGCGGAGGCAACGCCAACAACUUUGAGACUGUGGAGGAGUGUGAGGAAACAUGUGUUGUGAAACCGGACAAGAGCCCAUGUCACCUGCCCGAGGAGGUAGGGCCAUGCCGCGGCAUUAUUAUACGCUACUUCUUCAACAGCGAGAGCCAGCGUUGCGAGUCCUUCUUCUAUGGCGGCUGUCUUGGAAAUGCCAACAACUUCAGGAGCAAGGCGGAGUGCAAUGCCAAGUGCCUAAAGCAGGGGCCAGAGAGAAGAGAGAUGGCAGGUGACACCAACCCUGAAGCGGGAAAUAAACCCAGAACCCAGGCUUUCAUCUCAUUGGAGAAUCCCAGGGAAGGUCUGGCACAAGGUGGCAGUCCCCCGGACCACUGCCUUAGCCCAGUCGAAAAGGGGACAUGCCGUGAAUCAAUUAAACGAUAUGCAUACAGCCCCACAUCAAAGCGGUGCCACUCCUUCCGUUAUGGCGGCUGCAGUGGAAAUGGGAACAACUUUGGUACCAGAAGAGAGUGCAUGAAAAUCUGCGUGAGAGGCAUGUACAACCACAACCAAAGAGCAACACAAUAAAAGACCACGAUCCUUGAAAUCAUAUUUGAAUUGGCCUAAAAUUCUGCUGUCGACUUUUUAAUAUUUAAUUUUCUUUAUGUGGGAUUUUGUAUUGUAUUUAUCUUAAAAGCACAUAAAUGUGUAGAUUUUUAGUCACUGGUCCAUUUAUGUAAUUGCUGUUCAGUUCUUGUACUCUAAAAUAUAAAGUUUUGUAGACCUAAAAAAAACAACAAAUUUGAUGGUUUCCUUCUGUACUCAAACACAACAAAAAAACAUGAACUAUUUACCUAUAAAAAGUAAUUCACAUGAA